AUAACAACAAAUCAAAAUGGCGGGCAAACCGAAUAGAGCAGUGUGGAGUGUUUUUACUUUGAAGAGCUGUUUUUUUGAAUAACACAUUAAAAGAGUUUUGACAAUCAAUAUAUGAAAAUUAAUAUAUUUUUUUGUCAACUAAAAUGCCCGCUCCACCAUCUGUUUUGGAUAGAAUAAAUACAAUCAGCCGGGGAUUGAAGAGAUUGGAACCGUGCAAACUAAUGAAAAUUAAAGAAUUUAAAGAAUUGCAUGCAGAAAUAAACCAGCAUUUUAGAGAAAUAGAACUUGCGCACUUGACAGGCACACCAAAGGAUUCAAUUGAUCAACUACAUCAUGAUAGUAACUUCUAUUAUAUGCUCAUCAGAAUGAUGCUGGAGACUCUAGGAUUAGAGCACAAACUGCAAAUAUCAAACUUUAGAAAAAUAUAUGGCUGGUAUUUGGGGAAUAGGCACGUUCUUUACGCCAAACCGCGUUUUGGUAGAGAUAAGGUCACGACUGAGAAUGACUCAAAAUCUAAAACUUCUUUUCUCUUUAAAACAUCUCCCGAAGCUCUUCUGGAAGAUUUACGGCUUAGUAGACCUCAAUCCGCUUCAACAAUUGCGACAAAUUCAGAAAAUUCAUCUUUCAUAAAACAAGAAUCGAGGCCGAGCACUGCGGAAUAUAAAAGAUCUUCUAUUAAUUCCGAGAGGAUAGAUGAUAGACAAGAAGUUGAAUUGGUAAAGAGGCCAAUAUUACCGCUUUCCCAUCUAGUCAACCCGCUUGCUCGUCAAAUAUCAGAGAUGGACGCAAUGAGAAACGAAACACAUAAACAAAUCUCAAAAACAAAAGCUUCGGACGCCAGUGGAAGACCUCUUAGCGCAAGUGAAAGAAAAUCCGCUCAAAUGAAUAAACUAGAAAGAGUUGUUAAAGAUAUGGAUAUAAAUAUGCAAAUUUUAGACGAAUUACAAAAGCCAAAUACAGACGGUUUUAUAAGGAAUGAAGAGUAUACUAGCGAUGUUAUUAACUAUUUUGCUUCUGUACAACCAACUAAAAAUGAUAUCCAACCAGCCGGAAGAGAAUUAGUAUCGAAACCUUUGACUGAAUUUUUAAUUCAAACUGAAAAUUAUUUUCCACAAAGAAAAAACGAUCGAAAUCGAUUAUUAUCGGCUAAUAAAUCAGUGAAUAAAAGUGAGAUAGAAAAGAAAGAUAAUUCUUCAAAUUGUAUUAAAUUGAAAACUGUUGUUAAUCUUGUUGAUUCUGUUGGAGAGGAUAUGGCGGGAGAAAACUCCCAUAUGCCGCUUUUGGAGAAAAUUCCAAUUAAAGACGAGACAAAAUCAGAGAGUAGUAAUUCUUGUAGUCGUCCUAUGAGUUCAUCGGAUCCUAUUCCACCUCAUUGUACACCAGAACCAGAUAGGAUGAAAAAGAAGAUAAAAAAAAUGGUCGCGUUUGAAAGAUCAGAAUCCAACAUCGAUAGUUUCAAUCGUACGGGAGCUAUCUCCGGCAAUGAUGGUGAUAUUUAUGUUGAUUGGAGAGGAAUAAUAACACCGGAUACCUCAUCUGGAAAAUUUACAAUAAAAUCAGGCUCUCAGAGAGGUUUCGAAAAUCAUACUUAUGUAAGAAAAUUGGACGAAGAACGAAAAUCUCUUAGGAGCCAGGGUAGUACAACAGGAAGUAUUCGACCUAGAGUGCCUCCCACUACACCACGGGAGCGUUGGACGAGAGAUGAUGAUAUUACCGAAAGACGGAAGGCCUUGAACUUUGAAUUAGAAAGUCUGCCAAGCCGCAAGAAUAAAAGGAUGAGUCAAGCCGCUAGUCAUACAACAACUAUUAUUGAAGAUAAUAUCUCUAAAACUUUACUAACAAGUCAACGUUUAGGAAAAAAGUCCAAAAAGAGAAGGAAAAGGAUAAAGUACUCUGAUUUUGGAUAUCAUGAAAUGAAAAAAAUUGAUAAUCAACCUCCUCAACAUACGGAAUUCGUAUCAUUUUGCGCCCCAAAGUCUAUGUUGGUUGGUGACAGGUUGCCAAGUGCCAGAACAAUUAACACUCAAGAGGAGAGAGGACACGAUUCGGUUAUGAAUGUACCGAAUUCCACAGAUCACUUUGUAGUAACGAAUGAUCAACAAUGGCAUGACAAUUAUGAGACGGCUGAGUGGAAAGAGGAGGAAGCGAAUGAAAUUAUGGAAGAGACGGAAAAGUUAAAAGAAGAAAUUACUUUGGAAUUGGGCAGUGAACACGUAAAAUUUGAUCAUAAUCCCCUUCCAAAUCCCUCUCCUAAAAUUGAGUCGAAAAGCCCUUAUCCCGAUUUGAAUAAUUAUCAGGUUACGAGAGGAGGAUGUUUGAAGAAACCAGGAAAAAUGAGACAACCUAUGAAUCCUUCCGAUAAACUUCCGUUACCAAGACAGGAGAGGUUGGAAAUUGUUGGUUCCGGUAAUAAAAAAUCAAAUCUCAACAAGAAGGUUCGAAUGGGUUCUACGCUUAGACGAUCAACACCCAAACAGUAUUCCUCCCCCAAGCCUGAUCAAAGAAAGAUUGUACAGCCUGGGGAAAUUCCACCAGGUAUUCAUGUGAUGCGCUUCAUGCCAAGGCCAACAACUUCUGAUGUAGUUUAUAGAACUCCAAAAUCUAAGGGACAGCUCUACAGGAGUCAUUCAGGAUCUUACCUUAAAAUUCAUAAUUCAUCUGAAAAUUGGAGCACUCAACAGGAUGUUUAUAAUUCAAUAAAAGUACCAACAGCAAAAUUUGAUAUGGACGAAAAACAACUAAUUGCAAGGGCAGAAAGCUUGCAGCUAACCGAAAGGCAACAUUCCGUCAAUAGAAUGAACUCGGCAUCUUCAAGAGGGGAACGCCCAUUAUCUUCAUCAACUAUAAAAUCAAAAUCAUCAAUAGUGAGCUCGAAAAAAUGUUCUGGCCGGCCAAUCGCUCACUAUUUAAUAGUUAAUAACGUCAACGAGGAGCGUUUGGCUAAUGAACAAACGAGAAGACACAAAGCAGCUGUUGAUAUACAACGAAUCUUCCGUGGUUAUGUUACAAGAUCAAGGUAUUUAUAUUUAAGAAGAGAAUUUAGAAUGAAACGAGAGGAUGCUAGAUUGGCGCAAGUUAAUUCUGAAAAAGAAUAUUAUGCACAUAAACAGCGAUUAAAAGGUAUAAACAAUCGAAACUCGGAUCAUGAUCAAUCCGAUUGGGAGGGAGAGUAUCAACAAUGGCUUGAAGAGAAGAAAAAGUUACGGCAAUUUAAAGUAGAAAAUACUAAAAAAGCGCUUUUAAAUGAAAAUCAAUCAAAGAAGGAUAAACUUUCUAGGAUUGGGCCACAUGUUGAAGUAUACGACGCUUUCAAUCCACCAAAACAUUUAGAUGUUAAAGAAUACAAUAAAAGAGCUACAAAAAUUCAAAGUACCGUUAGAGGUUUCCUUUUAAGACGUAAUAUGGAAAAAUUAAGAAGAAAAUGCCAAAGUCAUGCAAGUGAUUGGUCAAAAUUCACUUCUCAGUAUAAAGCUCUAGUCCGUCGAAUUCAAGUGCGUCAUGGUAUUGAAAGGCCCAAAACCCCUUUCAAUCUAUCCGAGGUUGAUCGUUUCAUGGAUGCUAAAAGAAAGUAUGAACAAACUUUUGAUAAACUCCAAUUCAAUGGAGAAAUUGAGUUAGGCUCAUUAAUGGACUUUUUAAAAGAGUGUCACUUAUAUCCAUCGCUGCCUGAGGUUAGAGAGGCCUUGGAUUUUAUAUAUCGAGGUAAAAAUCUAACGCCAACAACACUGUUCAAAAAGCAUGAAAUAGUGGAAAUACUUUUUGAGCUAUACCCGCCACCAAGCACUGGCUUUGCUGGAAAGAGAAGAUCAACUUGGAUGAAUCCUAUUAUUGAUGGUGUAGAAGCUUGGGCUGUUAUAGGCAAGUUAUUAGUAUUUAAAACAUAUGACAUUUUCGCGCAAAAAAAUCACAAAACAUUCAGUCGCGUUUCCGGUAGUUUUCUCUAUCGAAUACCAAUCCGCUAUGAACAUAUCUACAAAUAUUUCCCAAAAAGUAUCUUAUCAGUAAUGUCAACAUUUGUUGAAAUCGUCUGCCCGAAUGGGCGUUGGCAAAGAGUAAAAGUAACUGCAAAAAGCUCAAUGCUUCAAGUUCUGGAAGAAGUUUGUUUAAAGCAAAAAUUUGUACCUCCCAGUCAAUAUAUACUGAAGCACGGAAAGAAGAAACUUGAUCUGACAUUAUCAUUUCGAUAUUCCGGAUUGCCCAACCGCUCAAAGUUGGAACUAGUUGAAUCAGAUGGAGAAAGAAAGGAAGAACCAGUUAUGGUAGCAAUACAAUUUCAAGAUGGUAGUCGAACUAUUCAAGAGCACGGGCCUGAGAAGACUUUAUGGGACAUUCUAGAGGAAAGCUUAGCUAAAACAACGGACGAUGUAAGACGAGUAUUCGCACAAACUCAAGAUUCAGAUCACGUUUGUCUCUAUAUAACCGAGAGAAUAGCUGGUAAAGAGACCCUUAAGAAGACCCAACUUCGAAAUUUAGGCCUAUUUGGAGGCAGGGCAAUUAUCCGUUACUUAACUGCAGAAAAUUCCCAAGUAUUAGUGGAUACUAGUAGACAGUCAUCAGAAUCAGAAAUAACUUCAGAUCCAGUGCAAAAAAAGCCUAAAAUGGAUGAGGAUGCUACUACGGUUGCACGUGAGCCUACAGUAGCUAAACUUGAUAAUAAGGAGAGUAGCGUAGUGGACGAAUUAUUAGAUAGAGAAACCAAGUUAUACAAUUCCGCUGAAGCUCCGGAUUUUAAACCACUGGAAGAAUCGGACGAAUUUUUCGAAGUUACUGUCAAUGACGUUAGAAAAAUGAUGGAAGCUUUACGGGCAUCAGUGGAAAAUGCUUAUAACCAGCCACUGCUAACUCAAAAGUUUAGACAAGAAGUGAUGAAUUCUAGAUUUUCUAUAUAUGAAAGAGCAAUAAUUCGAUUUGUCUUUUCUAAUCGCUUAAUUCUACAAGCUUGUUUUAAACCUUCCGAGAGCUUAGAUUCAGUUUAUAAUUUCAUAACUAAAUGCAUUGCUGGGAAAUUUGAAAUUCAGCUUUACACUACUCCACCAAAAAAAAUUUUAAAGAAUGCAAAUAUUACUCUUAUUGAAUCUAAAUUAGUUCCCUUAGCAAAGGUUUAUGUAAAGGUAAUAGGACAAGAGGAAGUAAAUCUUUCGACCGAAGUCCUUGAAAGAUUGACUACUGAAGAAGAAGCCUUAAAGGUUAUUAAUAAAUGGACAGGAACAAAAAACUAA